AUUUCGAUGUUGCCGUAGAAGAAGAUGGUAAUACCAUCUAAGCACAUGGUUUUGUACUGAUAGCGAAACAAAAGAAAACUGGUAUGGUUGACCCCAAAAUCAACUACGCGGUUGUAUUAGUUUCUUGAAAUCCAUAUGAGAUUUUAUCGAGAGGAAGAAGAACGCACAAAAGUUUUCCCUGCUUCAAUUUUUUCAGAUCUGAGAGCACUGGAAGAACGAUCAUGGAAAGCAGAAAACUGUGGAUGGACUGCAUCAUUAUAAUCGAUUCAACGUCACAGAAACUGCGGUCACUGGUGAGCAAGCGAUGUGAUUUCAGCAGGGAUAAUCAAGGCUUGGAUGAGCUGAAGGUGGAGCUAAGACUGGUGCAAACAUUUCUUCUGUGUGCCAGGGAAUUGGCAUAUUUCUGGUUUAGCCUUGAAUAUCCUGAGAAUCCAAAACUGGGGCAGUUUUAUCAUCUUCUUCGCCGACUGGAGAAUGGAUUGCCCCCCAUCGACCCAGCUGGCGCAGCCUCUAGUUGGGGAGAUACUCUAGAGAAUGUUAAGCAAGAAAUCAGUGAAGCUUAUGUUGAGAUGUUAAACUCCGUAGGGCUACCCGUUUCUCUGUCUCAAGACAGAUGGCGUCUUUUAUAUGACGAGCCUUCGCUGUUUAAAGAGACAGAAUCAUAUUCCAAACUGCUUGAUUGCUUGUUGAAAUCCAGUUCUCUUAGGAUAGAAGAAUUCAUGGAAUUCCUAGACUCCUUGCUAGAGAAUCUUGGGGAUAUUAACUUCUUGGGUGAAGCCUGUGAUUCCAGAUUUGAAACUUUAUUCGAAGCCUUAUUCGAAGCCCUUCAGGAGAAGCUAGUAUUCCUUAAAAAUUUUAUCCUCUUUGCCAGGAUGCAAAGCAAGCUUGAUGAAGCACAGAAGGAACUCAUGAAGCACUGUGGAGUGGUGGCUCUAUCUGCAGCACAUCUCUGUUACGCUUUUUGGUUUUUUAGGGAUGAUGAUGAAGUGCUUUGUGGAGUGGAAUUAAAGAUUUCACGAUCAAUAGAGAAGAUCAAGCCAGUUUAUCAUGAAGUCCGUUCGGCUUACAUUGGCGUCUUGAAAUUUCAAUCAUCAUCCCUCACUCUGUCUACCCAAAGGGAUAUGUUUAUAGUGGGGGAUUUUGUAGAUUCUCUCCUAGGUAAUCUUUGGGAGUUGCUACAAAAUUGUCCUACUGCUUUUAUGGUAUCCCUGAAGCAUCAAAUGCAGAUACUCUAUGAUGGACUGCGAUUCUUGAGAAACAUUCUCAAGAAGCAGCAAGAGAGGUAUGAUGGACUAGAUGGAAGAACCAAGGAUCUUGUUGGAGCUGUGGUCAAUGAUGCUGGUGUUGUAAUUUUCUCACUGUACCAGAAAGGAAUUGAAGAAGUUUUGGCCAUGGAAAUAGAUGCUAUGAUAUUUUGCUCAUUGCACAAAAUUGAGCUUAUUAAGGCAGAAGUUGGGGAAAAGCACCCAUUGGCAUUGAGUUUUGACCUUUCUACAACCAAUGCACUGGCGCUUAUUGAUCUUCUCCUGGAAAAUUUGAAGGAGCUGGCAAGCAGUAAAGUUGAUCCAGUUUCUUUUGCAGAGGAUAGAGGUAAUUUCUUAAGAUCGUACUUGAAGAAGACCGUGGAGCAUCCCACCAGGCAUCCAAACCUCGAUCUUCAAAUUAUGCAAGAGGAUCUUUUAUUCUUAAGAUCAUUCAUGGAAAAUAAUUUGGAGCAGCUCAACCGGAAUGAAAAGCUCCCAAUUGAAACAAUGCAGAAUGAUCUUCUAUUCUUAAGAUCAUUCUUGGAAAAUAACAGGGAGCAAAACAACCAGCACGAGGAGCUCCAAGCUCUUUGGAGUCAGGUUAUUGAGGUGGCACACGAGGCAGAGUUUGUUAUCGACUCCUUAGUAGUUGGAGAUAUGUCAUUUUAUUCUCUGGUGUUACUUGACAGCAUCACAGAAGAAAUUAAGCUUGUUAAGAGUGAAGCACAGAAUGCAACCACAAUCUCGAAGUAUGUGACAUCACAAGCAAGAAGCAAGUGGAGCACUGGAACACCCCACCAGGUGUUGCACCAGGUAGCAAGCCAGGUAUCCCACCAAGUACUUGACGAAGUUAAUCUUGUCAAAACUGAACUCUCAAAGAUUGAUGACGAAAAGGAUGUCUUCAAAGCUCAGAAAACUACCAAGGUUCUGAGCCAGGCGUUCUACUGCCUUCCUAUUUUUUUCAUAGCAGCAAUAAGCAAGUGGAGAGGCGAAAAGACUGAGACCUUGGAGAUUGAAGGCGAUAAGUACGUCAUUGAAGCCCAAGAAGUUACCAAGAGCCCGAGGGACAUGCCAUCACAGAGUAGUAUCUCAGCAAUAAAUGAAGCAGCAAUAAGCAAGUGGAGAGGCGAAAAGACUGAGGCCUUGGAGAUUGAAGGCGAUAAGUACGUCAUUGAAGCCCAAGAAGUUACCAAGAGCCCGAGGGACAUGCCAUCACAGAGUAGUAUCUCAGCAAUCAAUGAAGCAGCAAUAAGCAAGUGGAGAGGCGAAAAGACUGAGACCUUGGAGAUUGAAGGCGAUAAGUACGUCAUUGAAGCCCAAGAAGUUACCAAGAGCCCGAGGGACAUGCCAUCGCAGAGUAGUAUCUCAGCAAUCAAUGAAGUUGUUGUAGAUCUGAAGGAUCAGGAGCAAGCAAUAAUUGAUCAACUUAUAGGAGGAUCAAAACAGUUCAACAUCGUGUCCAUAGUGGGCAUGCCUGGAAUAGGUAAGACAACUUUGGCACAAAAAGUCUACCAUGAUCCUUCAAUUAUAUCUCACUUCCACAUUCUUGCAUGGUGUUGUAUCUCCCAAGUAUAUAGCAAGAAAGAUUUGUUACUAGAAAUUUUAGCUUGCAUUGACGAGAAAGAUGAAUAUGCUGAAAGGAAUGAAAAUGAUUUGGCUAACACACUUCGUAAACACUUGAAGCAAAAGAAGUAUCUCAUAGUUUUGGAUGACGUUUGGGACACUGAGGCAUGGAAUGCUUUGAAAGAAUCAUUCCCAGAUGAUACCAAUGGGAGCAGAAUUCUCUUAACAAGUCGAAACCAUGAGAUUCCUGGUAAGCCUCACCUUCUUCGGCUACUUACUGAAGAAGAAGGAUGGGAAUUACUACAAAGAAAGCUGGAAGUUACCAGGGAAGAAGGCUAUCCUCCAGAACUAGAUGUUCUUGGGAGGCAAAUAGCAAAAAAUUGUAAUGGGCUGCCACUGUCAAUUGUCAUUAUAUCUGGAAUUCUUGCAACCCUGGAUCAAGAUGGUUGGGAGAAAGUUGCAGAAAGGCUAAGUUCAAAUAGCGUGGUUGGUGCCACAGGACAAUGCAAGAGUAUAUUAGAGCUGAGUUAUGUACAUCUACCUGACCAUUUGAAACCAUGUCUUCUUUACUUUGGAGCAUUUAGAGAAGAUCAAGAAAUACCUAUCCGGAGGUUGAUGUGGUUAUUGGUAGCAGAAGGAUUUGUGCAGAAAAAUGAGUUGGAGAGCACAGAGAAAUUAGCAGAAGGCUAUAUAAUGGCUCUAAUUAACAGAAGCUUGGUUAUGGUGGGGCAACGAAGAUCCACAGGUGGGGUCAAGACCUGCCGCAUUCAUGAUUUGUUACAUGUGUUCUGUGUUGGAAAAGCCAAAGAUCAAAAUUUUCUACAUUUGGUACAAGGGUAUGAUGAAUUUCUUGAAUUGGAUGAGUUACAACACCCACGUCGGUUAUCCAUUUACUGUCAACCAAAGCAAUUUGCGAAGUCAAGGAUAUUUUGUCCCCACCUACGCUCUCUACAACAUUCUACAUCGGGUGUUAGAAGGCGUGAAGUAUCAUACAGCUUAUCCUCCAUUCAUCAGAUGAAACUUCUUAGAGUAUUGGAUUUGGGACAUAUUAGUUUAGGUUUUACUUUUCCGAAUGAAUUAUGCUUGCUCGUUAGGCUGAGGUACUUGGCAGUUCUAGGUAGGAUGAACAUCAUCCCAUCCUCACUAGCUAACCUCCUAGAUUUGGAAACUUUUAUUGUGACAACAUAUUAUUCAGGUGGUGGCCUUUCUUUAUUGCAAGAUGCUUUCUGGAAUAUGCUGAAAUUGAGGCAUCUUCAUGUACGUGGUGCUCUGAUUGAUCUUAGUUUGGCCAAUGACAACCCUGAAUCCUCGUCUGUCUUGUAUAACUUAGACACCUUUUCUACUCCAAAGCUUUACGUAGGGCAAAGCUUGGAUGCGAUGAUAAGAAAGUUUCCAAAUAUCCGCGAACUGAAAUGCUGUCUCCUAGAAUCAGAGGAAUCUACUAGUGACAGCAUCAAGAUUGUGGCAAUGGACUCUCUCAGGCAACUUGAAUCACUAAAGCUGCUUCUUAGUCAGGUGAGUGCACAUCAUAUUGAACUUCUUCUCCCCUCAAAUCUUAGACGGUUGACCCUGGUGGACUUUUCUUGGAGUCUACUUUCCUCCGUUGGACAGCUAUCCAAUCUUGAGGUUCUCAAAUUAAUCGGACAAUCUGAUGGUGAUGGGGUUAAGGAAUGGGACAUGGAAGAAGGACUCUUCCCCAAUCUCAAAGUCUUGAAAUUGAAAUCCUUGAAUAUAGUCUGCUGGAAGGGCUCGGAAGAUAAUUUUCCCUGUCUUGAGAAAUUAGUUUUGGAAGAUUGUGUGGAAUUAGAAGAGCUCCCUUCCUGUUUAUGGGAAACAUUAACUCUUCAAUUGAUCGAGGUGCAUGGAUGUCUAUACUCUACUGGAGAUUUAGCUCGAGAUAUCAUGGAAAAACAGAUGGACUACGGAAAUGAGGAUCUGAAAAUCUGCAUCUCAGGGGAAAUUGAGGAUACUUCUUCAUGGUCCGAUUGAAAUUCAAAGGGAUGGUCAGGGUAUUCUGAAAGAUCAUCUGCCAUAAGAGUGAAUAUCUUCCGUUUGGCUUUGUUUAGAAUGAUGUAAUGUUUUUGGCUUUACUGCAUAUAUAUAUGCUGAAAUUGUUAGUAACAAAUUAAUGUACUAGUAAAGAUAAAUUGAUUGUGAAAAAAAUUGAUGAUCAAUACACUUUUUGCCAGAUGGUUAUAAUUAAGUCUAAAA